UUCACUUGGGCAAUAACACAAGAUGGCUCACUGUAGCUACAGUAAACUCUCACAUUUAUUAAAGUUAACAACCGCUAACUUAAAUAAACCUACAUUGUUACGGACCAGGAGACAUAUUCAACAUGUACCACUACGCUGCAAAUAUUUCAUACGUUUUCAUAAGGUAAGAUUCCAGCUCUAUUGCUCAAAUUGUUUACAACUAGCUUGAUACAUGCUAGCAAGUUCACUCGGGUUUACUGUUUACAAAGCUAGCUGAUCAGUAAUCAUAGCAAGCCAUUGAGGCCAAUAAUGUCGCCUGUUUGUUUAACUUAUCUGUAUAAGUUACAUAAUGUGAAACUCAGUUGCUCAUUCCAUGAUGGUGUCUCUGUAUUCCCCAGACCUCAGGUCCUGAGAGGGCGUUGUAGGAGAGACAAAAGCAGCAUAUGGCACGCAGCUUGCCCAAACAAAAGCCCAUUGCUGGAGUGAAACAAGUUAUUGUGGUGGCCUCAGGGAAGGGGGGUGUUGGGAAAUCAACCACUGCAAGUAAAGCAGGUUCUUAUUGGGCUCUCUGUGCUGCUCAUUCAUUAAACAUUUACACAAAUGUGUAGGCUACAAUUUGAAAACAUUUCAACAGACAGUGGUUUGGUCUGAUCUUUUUGUACUUCAUGUACUAUAUAUUUAUAUACAGUGUAAUCAUUUGCUUACCUAAUACUUUUGCAUUUCCUCCCCUCAACAGUGAAUUUGGCCCAUGGACUCACAGCUAAUGAUCCAGUAAGGAAUGCAUGCAUGAUUAUUCAUUUGCACAUUUUGUUAUUACUGUUGCAUACCAAUUUCUGCCCAAAUGGGAAUGCAGAACCAUGACAAUCUUGCUCUCUCUCAUGACAAUCUUGCUCUCUCUCUGUUUUACUACUGCUGUACUACCCAUUGUCCACUCAGUUGCUCUUCAUGUAUCUUUUCUGCACACAGAGUAAAACAGUGGGCAUCUUAGAUGCUGAUGUUUACGGUCCCUCAGUGCCUAAGCUGAUGAACCUGAUGGGGAACCCAGAACUAACUGACAGUAGGAGACUUCUGCAUGUAGUCUAGCUUGAGGAAUAACAGUGAUGUAUUAGCUUUGUCCAUUCAUUAUAGAGAUCACAUUGAAAAGAUUACCUACAAAGUUGUGUAGUGUUUACUUAAUUUGUGCUUUCAGACAACCUCAUGAGACCGCUUAUGAAUUUUGGGAUUCCUUGGUGAGUAUAUUUAUCUACAAUUGCAAGUGAUGGGGGAGGGAGCUAAGCAACCAAAUAAUGAAUUGAGUCAUUGACUGUCCUCUCCAUCGCUCUCAUCCUUCUGUCCUCAGUAUCUCCAUGGGGUUUCUGGUAGAGGAUGUAGCACCCAUUUACUGGAGGGGCAUGAUGGUGAUGUCGGCUAUAGAGAAGCUACUUAGACAGGUGGGGGAGAAUGAUCAUUAAUGUACAGUAACCUUACCCUUUAUUAGUUUUUAUACUAGAGAUACUAUAUCAGAGUAAUAGCUACUAGAUAUUGUAGUAUGCUGUGCCAUUAAUUUUUUUCUUCUUAUGCAGGUAGAUUGGGGACCGCUGGACUACCUGGUUAUUGACAUGCCACCUGGAACUGGAGAUGUUCAGUUAUCAAUCACUCAGAACAUCCCAAUAGCAGGAGCAGUGAUUGUGUCCACUCCUCAGGAUAUUGCCUUGCUGGAUGCACGCAGAGGAGCAGAAAUGUUCAAAAAAGUCAAUGUACCGGUAAGAGCAUUGGAUGCAAAAUGCCACUUUAUAUCAACUCUGCAUAAUUAUGAAAAAUGUCUUAAAUUAUUUUCGAAUGACCUUGGUAAGGACAAAAUAAACGUACAGUGGGGAAAAAAAGUAUUUAGUCAGCCACCAAUUGUGCAAGUUCUCCCACUUAAAAAGAUGAGAGAGGCCUGUAAUUGUCAUCAUAGGUACACGUCAACUAUGACAGACAAAUUGAGAUUUCUUUUCUCCAGAAAAUCACAUUGUAGGAUUUUUAAUGAAUUUAUUUGCAAAUUAUGGUGGAAAAUAAGUAUUUGGUCACCUACAAACAAGCAAGAUUUCUGGCUCUCACAGACCUGUAACUUCUUCUUUAAGAGGCUCCUCUGUCCUCCACUCGUUACCUGUAUUAAUGGCACCUGUUUGAACUUGUUAUCAGUAUAAAAGACACCUGUCCACAACCUCAAACAGUCACACUCCAAACUCCACUAUGGCCAAGACCAAAGAGCUGUCAAAAGACACCAGAAACAAAAUUGUACACCUGCACCAGGCUGGGAAGACUGAAUCUGCAAUAGGUAAGCAGCUUGGUUUGAAGAAAUCAACUGUGGGAGCAAUUAUUAGGAAAUGGAAGACAUACAAGACCACUGAUAAUCUCCUUCGAUCUGGGGCUCCACGCAAGAUCUCACCCCGUGGGGUCAAAAUGAUCACAAGAACGGAGAGCAAAAAUCCCAGAACCACACGGGGGGACCUAGUGAAUGACCUGCAGAGAGCUGGGACCAAAGUAACAAAGCCUACCAUCAGUAACACACUACGCCGCCAGAGACCCAAAUCCUGCAGUGCCAGAUGUGUCCCCCUGCUUAAGACAGUACAUGUCCAGGCCCGUCUGAAGUUUGCUAGAGUGCAUUUGGAUGAUCCAGAAGAGGAUUGGGAGAAUGUCAUAUGGUCAGAUGAAACCAAAAUAUAACUUUUUGGUAAAAACUCAACUCGUCGUGUUUGGAGGACAAAGAAUGCUGAGUUGCAUCCAAAGAACACCAUACCUACUGUGAAGCAUGGGGGUGGAAACAUCAUGCUUUGGGGCAGUUUUUCUGCAAAGGGACCAGGACGACUGAUCCAUGUAAAGGAAAGAAUGAAUGGGGCCAUGUAUCGUGAGAUUUUGAGUGAAAACCUCCUUCCAUCAGCAAGGGCAUUGAAGAUGAAACGUGGCUGGGUCUUUCAGCAUGACAAUGAUCCCAAACACACCGCCCGGGCAACGAAGGAGUGGCUUCGUAAGAAGCAUUUCAAGGUCCUGGAGUGGCCUAGCCAGUCUCCAGAUCUCAACCCCAUAGAAAAUCUUUGGAGGGAGUUGAAAGUCCGUGUUGCCCAGCGACAGCCCCAAAACAUCACUGCUCUAGAGGAGAUCUGCAUGGAGGAAUGGGCCAAAAUACCAGCAACAGUGUGUGAAAACCUUGUGAAGACUUACAGAAAACGUUUGACCUGUGUCAUUGCCAACAAAGGGUAUAUAACAAAGUAUUGAGAAACUUUUGUUAUUGACCAAAUACUUAUUUUCCACCAUAAUUUGCAAAUAAAUUCAUUAAAAAUCCUACAAUGUGAUUUUCUGGAAAAAAAAUGCUCAAUUUGUCUGUCAUAGUUGACGUGUACCUAUGAUGAAAAUUACAGGCCUCUCUCAUCUUUUUAAGUGGGAGAACUUGCACAAUUGGUGGCUGACUAAAUACUUUUUUUCCCCCACUGUAUAUGUCACAUCUCAUAGGUCCUGGGCAUAGUCCAGAAUAUUAGCGUGUUUCAGUGCCCCAAGUGUAACCACCAGACCCACAUCUUUGGGGCAGACGGAGCAAGGUCACUUGCUGACACUCUGGGAGUACAAGUAUUGGGUAAGACCCAUUUCAAACAUAUGUAAUUACAGAGUUAAUCAUUUCUCUCAAUCUCAUAGAAAGAUAAUAGUGUUGACUGAUGUCUUCUCCCUCCUCUGUCUAGGAGACAUUCCUCUACACCUGAGCAUCAGAGCGAUGUCAGACAGGGGCCAGCCUGUGGUGGUGUCCUCGCCUGAUAGGCCUGAGGGAACAAUAGAUAGUCAAGACAAACAUUGGCAAUGUUGGGAGUCAGACUGUGUAUUCGUCACCAUAACAUUGUGUACGUUUUACACUUUUGAGAGUUUGCCAUGUUAGUUUUCUACCUGGGUUUGUUUCAUAUAUGUCUGCCUAUGCGUAUUGUUUUAGGCUGAGGCCUACAGAAAAGUGGCAACUGCCGUGGUCCAGCGUCUAGAAGAACGCUUUGGUUGAGUGACUGCCAACUACUGUGUAGGACAACUGGACAACUAGUAAUCUACAGAAAAUGGACCAGAACACUGCUCUUCUCCCUAUCCCCCACUGUUGCCGCAGAGUCCGCAGAAAUCCAUGAUAUCUGAUCCGGUUACAUUGAUAUAUAUGACAUACUUACUCUAUGGAAUGAUGUAUAGUAUAUUGGACUUUCAUUGUAGUGACAGUGAUAACAUUAUGUUCAGUUUCAGUAGCAAUCUGUCUCUUCAAACCGGUCAGUAUUCAAUAUAUAGAUUUAGUGUUCAGUCUGAUGUUCAAAUACAACAAGUUUUAAUUUAAGCCUUGACACUACAAUGUACAGUAAACUCAUUGAUUGUUAUUUAUGCCCUAAAAGCAUAGGGUGAAAAUAAAGGAAUGCUUUGAUUAUAUGUAGUUUUUUCUAUCUGAGGUGAUGCCUGGAGAGUUGUGCUUUUUUCUUUGUUUACAAUAUUUACACAAUCUUCCAUCUUCAUGAAAUGCAACAUGUUACCAAGUCAGAGAUGAAAAUAAACAACCUACUGUUG